AUGAGUUUUUUUGAUGCGGAUUUUUAUGUCUUUUCUGCGCAGCAGUGUUUCCUUCAGAUCAUUCCUUCGAUAGCUGCUUUAUUUCUUAGAGCGUACUUUUUGUCUUCUGAGGAACUGAAAUUGCACGGUCAAAUAGAAUCUAUUGCUAUGAAGAGCCCUAAGGAACGUACAGCUCUGAUCGAAGAAAUCGCGAUGUCCUGUGAACUUCAAGAAGAAUAUGACUGGCUGAAGGCAAUAUUGCGAAAAGUGGAAAAUGACAUUCUACAAAAGAUGAACAAGCAAGGAGCUAUUGCCAAGGAGAAGCGAGAAGUCAAGUUGGAACGGAAUAAGGCUGAGAAAGAUCAACAAAUGAAAGAUGACUUGGAAAGCGAAAUUUCCUAUCAGCGCCCACUAUAUAUCCAAGUGAAGCAGGAAGCACUCCAUGUGGAAAGCAAGCUGGAAAAUGGUAAUAAUGUGUUGAAUGGUGCACAGAAACUCGCUCAGAAAACUGAACAGCAGGCGGAGAUGCUUGAGAAAGCUGCAUGAUUGUGCGGAAUGUACUACGCUCAAAUAAGAGGAUUGGCAAUGGGUCAACGACUGGCACCAAGUCUUGCCAUUGCGUUUAUGUCUAAGGUGGAAGCACCAGCGACCGAUUUCGGGCCUCCACUCUACUGUAAAUAUAUAGAUGAUAUAGAUGACCUUUAUAGAUGA